UAUGAGCUUUGAGGUUAGAUUCUAACGUUGUUUUUGUUUAUAAGUGUUAUAAAUCACAAGAAUUUAUUAAAAUGGUCAAAAAGAAGAUUGAUAAUAGAAUUAGGGUUAUGAUAGAAAAUGGAGUCAAGCUGGGUCAUCGUACUAUGUUUCUGUUGGUCGGAGAUAAGAGCAGAGACCAAGUACCAAUACUUUAUGAUAUUUUGGUGAAAUCAACUGUCAAGUCUAGACCCACAGUUCUCUGGUGCUACAAAAACAAAGAUGAAGCUAUAAGCAAUCAUGGACGUAAACGGGCAAAGAAAAUAGCAGCUGGUAAACUGGAGGUUUCUGAAGAAUCACUGUUUGAUGCAUUCCGUGUAGCAACCACUAUACAUGGACGGUAUUACUCUGAGAGCCAUGCAAUGCUCGGUCAGACCUAUGGAGUAUGUGUUUUACAGGACUUUGAAGCGCUAACACCCAACUUGCUGGCUCGCACAGUGGAGACGGUUGAGGGAGGGGGACUUAUCAUAUUCUUACUGAAGACUAUGGACUCUCUCAGGCAACUGCAUUCCAUUACUAUGGAUGUCCAUUCAAGAUUUAAAACGGAAGCUCACGACACUGUAGUGAAUCGCUUCAACGAGAGGUUCCUUCUGUCUCUGGCUGACAAUCCCCGCUGCCUCAUUCUGGACGACAACCUUACGGUGCUGCCGAUCUCCUCCAAAACCGCGCAAGUGGAGCCUGUGAAUGUAUCACCCGAGCGCACUAACCCCAAGCUGACGGAACUAGUGUCGUCUCUCUCUGACACUCCGCCAGCCGGGCCUCUGGUCGCACUCUGUCGCACAUACGACCAGGCGACGGCACUCAUUGCUAUCAUUGACACACUGGCUUCGAAAACAUCCAGGCCUCCCCACUGCCUCACAGCGGCCAGAGGUCGGGGCAAGUCCGCCUGUCUAGGCCUCGCCGUCUCGGCCGCCGUCGCUCUUGGCUACGUCAACAUAUACGUCACCUCUCCCCACCCAGAGAACUUGAUCACGCUCUUCGAAUUCGUACUGAAAGGGCUAGACGCCUGCUUAUACCAGGAGCACAUAGAUUACAACAUACUUAGAUCUACUAAUCCUGAUUUUAAGAAAGCCAUUGUGAGGAUCAAUUUUGCUAGGAACUCGAGGCAGACUGUUCAAUACAUAACCCCAGACGACCAUUCACUGCUAAGCGCUGCCGACCUAGUACUAGUUGACGAAGCGGCCGCCAUACCGAUCACACAUGUCUCUGCGGCCGCUACCAAGGCACCGCUCGCGUUACUAUCGUCAACGGUUUCGGGGUACGAGGGAACUGGCCGUGCGCUGUCUUUGAAAUUGUUCGCGAUGUUGCAGACGAAACAUGAUGCUCCAGCGCCGAUAAAACUAGAAGAGCCAAUCCGUUACCGUUCCGGCGACCCGGUAGAAGCGUGGCUCAACUCUCUCCUCUGCUUGGAGUCCCCUGCGCCUUCUGUAGGCGUCGGGGCACCUUCACCGGCCGCUUGUGAACUAUUUAGAGUGAAUAGAGAUGCUUUAUUCUGCUACCAUAAGGCUGCUGAGGCAUUUUUACAUAGAUUGGUUGCUAUAUACGUCGCUAGUCAUUACAAGAACAGUCCCAACGACCUACAACUGUUAGCGGACGCGCCAGCACACAACCUGUUCGUUUUGCUCGCGCCGACGCCGCCGAAUGCCACAUCCAUGCCUGAAGUGCUCUGUGUCCUACAGAUGUGUCUUGAAGGCAACAUCUCUGAUAAAUCUGUUCGCGACAACCUCGGUCGCGGCCGCAAGGCAGCAGGUGACCUUAUUCCUUGGAACAUCUGCGAACAGUUUGGAGACAGGGACUUUCCUAAAUUAUCCGGCGCUAGGAUAGUCAGGAUAGCCACGCAUCCAUCUUACCAGCGGAUGGGCUACGGAAAGCGGGCGCUGCAACAACUGGCUUCGUACUACACUGGCGACAUCCCGUGCCUCGAUGAAAAUAAUUCCGAUAGUGAAGAGGUACCUGAUAAGAGGGCGGGAGACCUGCACACGGAAACCAUUGUACCCAGAGCGAAACCGCCUACUCUCCUUAAGCGGUUAUCAGAAGUGCAAGCUGAGCAUCUAGACUAUCUGGGCACCAGUUUUGGACUCACAGAAGAUCUACUCAAGUUCUGGAAAUCUCAGAAAUACGUGCCUGUUUAUUUAAGCCAAAAAGCGAACGAGCUAACGGGCGAGCACUCGUGCAUAAUGCUUCGCGCGCUCGGAGACAACUCUUGGCUAGCGGCGUACAGUGCAGACUUUAGGCGACGCCUAGCCCGGCUGUUGGGUCGAAGCCUUCGCGCCUUACCCGCCUCGCUUGCCUUACCCACUUUGGUGAAUGAGAGUAUCAAUAUAGAGAAACCUGCGCUCACAAAAGAAUUGAUCAGUCAACACUUAUCCAAUCACGACUUAGCACGGCUAGAAUCGUAUUGCCGACAGCAGGCUGAUUACAGGCUCAUAACCGACUUACUGGCACCUAUAGCGACUUUAGUAUUUCAUGCCAAAGUCGCUAAGUUGGACGCUGUUCAACAGGUGGUAUUCGUAGCCAUGGGAUUCCAAAUGAAAGAGCCGGACGACAUAGCCCAAGAGCUCGGGCUGCCGGGGUCGCAGAUCCUCGCCAAGUUCUAUGAAGCCUGCAAGAAGAUCAACGCUAGCUUCAACACGGUGCUCGAACAUUCUGUAGCUAAGGAAAUAGGCAUCGAAGACAUGAGCGCGGAGGUGGACACGAGCGGGCCGGUGAAGCAAAGCCUGAACGAGGAACUCGCGAAGGCGGCUAAGGAACUCGAACGCAAGCAACGCAAGGAACUGUCAAAGUUGAUGGGCGAGGAUCUAGCGCAGUACCGCAUCAAAGGUUCCGACAUGGACUGGGGGCAAGCGCUCGCCGCCUCCAAGGCUAAGGGACUAGUCUCUGUUAAAAGUGGCGAGAAGCGGCUGGGCGAUGACAGUAAGGAGCUAGACGAGCUGUUAGAGCGAGAGCCCGGCAAGAAGAAGAAGAAGAAACACAACCGCAAAGAUGUUUGAAUAAACUCAUCGUUAGUAUA